AUGAGUACUGAAUUUGUCGAAGGAUGGAGAAUUGCUCAGACGUUGGGCGAAGGAACAUUCGGAGAAGUAAAACUUUUGAUAAACCGAAAUACCAAUGGCACUGUAGCUAUGAAAACAGUUGAUUUAAAAAACUUUCCUGAUGCACUGAUGAUGGUAAAAAAGGAAGCAGCUAUACAUUCUCGAUUGAAGCAUUCAAGCAUUAUAAAAUAUUUUGGACAUCGUCAUAGCAAAGAUCAUUAUUUUAUAUUCUUAGAAUAUGCAUCAGGAGGUGAACUAUUUGAUCGAAUUGAACCAGACAUUGGAAUGCCUCACCCAGAAGCUAAGAAGUUUUUUAAAGAGUUGCUUGCUGGAGUUGAAUAUUUACAUAAUAAUGGUAUUGCACAUAGAGAUUUGAAACCAGAAAAUUUAUUAUUAGAUGAACAUGGAAAUUUAAAAAUAAGUGAUUUUGGACUAGCAACUUUAUUUUUAUGUGGUGGAAAAAGGCGUAAACUUGAAAAGAGGUGUGGAACUCGACCUUAUUUAGCUCCUGAAGUUCUGUCACAGUUACCUUAUCAAGCUGAACCUUCUGAUAUUUGGUCAUGUGGUAUCAUACUCGUUUCUAUGCUUGCUGGAGAGUUACCUUGGGAAAUGCCGUCAGUUGAUGAUGAAGAUUAUAAAUUAUGGAAGACUACUGAUUAUGCUAGUCAUUCACCGUGGUGCAAAUUAGAUACCUUAGCUUUGUCGCUUGUAAGAAAAAUAUUGAUACCAACGCCGUCCAGAAGAUAUGAUAUAUCACAAAUUCAAUCUCAUAAUUGGUUCACUAAGUCAAAAACAUGUGCCAACAAGAAAGUGGGCAUUUCUGUUUUGUCCGAUAGAGGGUUUGACGAUGCUCGUCCAUGUUAUUCUCAACCCGCUCCAGCAGCCGUGCCAUUUUCUGUAUCUAUUCCACCAAAUGAAUCCGAUAUACAUUCAUUUACCCAGCCUACUCAGGUUGAAGAUUUGUUGCUGUCAUCGCAAAUUCAGACAUCACAAACAGUAUCUACUACAUUAAACAAUUCUAUUCAGAAAUUAGUCAAGAGAAUGACAAGAUUUAUUGUUUGUUUAUCGUCUGAUGAAGCAUUAGCCACUCUGUCGCAGUUUCUUGAUGAUUUGGGUUAUACAUGUAAAAUCAAUACUUCUGGUUUGGUUACAAUUACCACUGCUGAUCAGCGGUUAGUGUUUAAAUCUAAUGUGAUUCCAAUGAAUCAUCAGACUCUCAUGGACUUCAGACUUUCAAGAGGUUGUGGCUUAGAAUUUAAAAGACAUUUCGUUGCCAUUAAAAAUGCAAUGUCAAAAUUGAUAUCCAAAGGUCCGAUGAUGUGGCCUGUUGCUAUGGCAACCAAUACAGUACCAUGA